AUGUCACCUAUGUUCGUGAGACGCACUCAAAGUCGGAUUUGUCCAGAUUUGUCCAAUCCGGUAUCUGCCGGUAUCAAAUAAACACCGACGGUGGAGACUGUAUUUGCCUCGUGUAGCGUGAAGUAUCGAAUAAAUGUUUAAUUUUCAUGGAUUUUCAGUGUUUAGAAGAAAAAACUCACAAUGAAUAUUAUAGAAUGGAAGAAACUAUUCCCCGAAAAUUGGAGCGCUGCAAUUUUCGUCUCCUAUAUGAUACUUUUUGUUAAUCAAGGGAUUUUAGUAAGGUGGUCGCAAGGAAAGGGAAGUACGUACGAAUAUAACACCGUUACAGUGGUUUUAUUAACUGAGGUUUUGAAAUUAGUUGUUUCCAUAAGUAUAUAUUGCCUUGGUAACGAUGUCAAAAACAUGUUUGUUGAAAUGGUCAAAUACAAAAAAGUAUUUUUAUUAUAUAUGAUCCCAUCCUUUCUGUAUUGUCUUUAUAACAAUCUGGCAUUUGUAAAUUUGGCUGUCUUCGAUCCUACCACUUAUUACCUAUUGUUGCAAUUCCGGGUUGUCAUCACAGGAAUUGUUUUUCAGAUGGUUUUUAAAAAGACACUCUCCACACGUCAAUGGAUUUCAUUGAUAUUAUUAACUGUUGGAUGCAUGGUGAAACAAUUUAAUGUAAACUUCCAAGUAUCAACUAUUGUGCCUGCUUUAGAAUUUAAUGUUAAUACAUUCUUCAUCUUUAUCCAGACUUUAUGCUCGUGCCUAGCUGGUGUUUACAAUGAAUACUUGCUAAAAGCCCAAGGAGCAAAUAUAAAUAUACUUCUUCAGAAUGCAUUCAUGUACACUGAUAGCGUCAUUUGCAACUUGGCAGUUCUAACUGCACAAGGUGACAUUCUUCAGAGCUUUGACAAUGUAGGACCCAGCAUAUUUUCCCGUCCUGAAGUUGUUUUGAUCAUGAUUAAUAAUGCAGCGAUAGGAAUCGUGACGAGCUUCUUCUUGAGGCACCUCAACUCGAUCUUAAAGACCUUUGCUAGUGCCUUAGAACUUGUCUUCACAGCGGUUCUGUGUUGGAUUAUUUUUGGCAUUCCAUUAGACGCAAACACAAUUAUUGCAAUUGCUAUAGUGAGUUACUCAAUAGUUCUGUACUCUCAAAGCCCAGUACAGAAUGUACAACAAAAUUCCGCAGUAGAGUUGGAUAUUCAAUCGGAGGACAGGAAGGUCCUUGUAUGAUCUGGUAACCUAAUAUUAAAGAUUUAUGCAGAGAUCUACGUGGUAAAAACUUAUGUUUUUGUAUCAUUUUGUUUACCAUUUUCAUCAUUGGACAAUGAACAGUUAUCUCAUGGGAGAGAUAAUGUAUCGUUCAAGGUAAUUAUCCAAAGAUAAUUUAUAAUUUUAUAAUACUAAUUCUAUCGAGCCUGUUAAACUGUGAAAUGUUUUUAGGUUCCAUGCAGGAAUUAGGAUAUAAUAUCACAUUGUGUCCAGAUAACGGAUUGUUAAUUGAAAGUCCAUAAGAGAUUUAUAGCUAAUUUAUGUGCUUUAAACUCAGAAAAUGUACAACAAUCCAAUUGUCAUAUCACAAACUAUUACUCAAUUUAAUCAUCUCAAAAAGUGUUAAAGGCUCAAUGGUAAUUAGUUGUCUUCACCCAUACUUUGGUAUUAAAAUGUUAAUACAUAAUUAACCCUGUGAAGUCCUAAUACGCAAACAUUUUUUAAGUUAGAUGAACAAUUUGAGACAAUUCUUGUGCCAAUUCCAAAUGAAAUUGAUGUUAAUCAAUUAGCAUCGUUAAGCUAAGAAAAACAAUUUCAUAUGUACUUUUACGUAAUAUCAAAGUAAAUAAUAAGAUAAAAAGAAAGAUG